AUGGCCCUCGUUAUCUGCCCAUUAUGGGUCAGGGACGAGGAACGUGUCACCAGGGUGGUCCGAGUCCCCAGUCCCAGGGACCCCCAGAUCAAUAAAGGCCUCCACAGGGAUUCCCGCCCUGAGGGACACCGUUGCCCGCUGCAUACCCGCUGUGUCCCUACCCGCUGUGUCCCUACCCGCUGUGUCCCUACCUGCUGUGUCCCUACCCGCUGUGUCCCUACCCGCUGUGUCCCUACCUGCUGUGUCCCUACCUGCUGUGUCCCUACCCGCUGUGUCCCUACCCGCUGUGUCCCUACCCGCUGUGUCCCUACCCGCUGUGUCCCUACCCGCUGUGUCCCUACCCGCUGUGUCCCUACCUGCUGUGUCCCUACCCGCUGUGUCCCUACCCGCUGUGUCCCUACCCGCUGUGUCCCUACCUGCUGUGUCCCUACCCGCUGUGUCCCUACCCGCUGUGUCCCUACCCGCUGUGUCCCUACCCGCUGUGUCCCUACCCGCUGUGUCCCUACCCGCUGUGUCCCUACCUGCUGUGUCCCUACCCGCUGCUGCCUCUCUGCCCUGCAGCCCCCUACACAGCCGCCACCAUCUGGUCCCUGUCUCUACCCUGGCACUGCCCUCUGCUCUCCUCUCUCAUGCAGGGCACUGGUCACUGCCCUGACACCCUCUCACCACGCUACCUCUCACUAG